AUGGCGGAUCGCGAGCAUGAAGUUGAAGAGGGGAACGAAGCGCUGGAUCCAGAGGUCCUCUACUUGAAGGAAUACUGCAUAGGAGGAGGCAGUUUCGGCAAAGUUUAUAAAGGAGUCGACAAGCGAACGGGCCAGGCUGUUGCGAUCAAAGUUAUCGAUAUAGAGAGUGCCGAAGACGAAGUCGAGGACAUCAUUCAGGAAAUCGCUAUCCUAUCCGAGUUACAAUCUCCAUAUGUCACCAAGUACUAUGGAUCAUACGCCAAGGGUGCAGAGCUAUGGAUUGUAAUGGAGUUCUGCUCAGGUGGAAGUUGCGCCGACCUGAUGAAGCCAGGACUGAUCGGAGAGGACUACAUUGCCAUCAUAGUGCGCGAGCUGCUCAUGGGACUGGACUACCUCCAUACAGAUAAAAAGCUCCACAGAGAUAUCAAAGCUGCCAACGUGCUUCUCAGCAGCAAUGGGCAGGUCAAGCUCGCUGAUUUUGGCGUUUCGGGUCAGCUCUCUGCAACUAUGACAAAGAAGAAUACUUUUGUCGGAACACCGUUUUGGAUGGCACCAGAGGUCAUUAAGCAAUCUGGGUAUGAUCACAAGGCCGAUAUUUGGUCCCUUGGCAUCACGGCUCUCGAACUGGCAAACGGAGAGCCGCCUUAUGCGGACAUUCAUCCUAUGAAGGUUCUCUUUUUGAUCCCCAAAAACCCUCCCCCGCGACUCGAAGGCAACUUUACCAAGGCCUUCAAAGACUUCGUUGAGUUAUGUCUCCAGCGAGAUCCCAAAGACAGACCGACAUCUAGGGAUAUGCUGCGUCACCCGUUUAUUAGACGGGCCAAACGGACGACAUAUCUGACAGAGCUCAUCGAAAGACACACACGCUGGGCAGCCACACAUAAGGGAGAGGACGACGACAACUGGGAUGCAUCUCAUAGUGGACGAGUUCCUGCAGAACGUGAGCGAGUUGACGAGGACAUGUGGGAUUUUGGCACCGUUAGACUUGUUGGCGAGCGCGGAGGCAUUGUUAACCGACCAGGUCUCAAUGCACUGGAUGAGAAUGCGACGAAUGCACGUUCGUCUCGGCCACUUGAGAUCGAAGAAGAUUAUGGCGAGCAACGACGUGAUGGCAGCCCAACCAAGUUGCGAGAUCUUGCACCUCAAUCACUCGAGACUGUCAAGGCGCCCAACCCAGGUUCGAGGCAGUCGAGCCCACAACGAAAGGCUGUUCCACAGUCACAAUACCAGCCACCGGUUCAAUCACCAGUGAGAGCAUUACCUCAGACCCCUUUAAAACUACCUGCCAGAGAUAACGCCGAUACUCCUCGACCGUUAAGGCCAAUGCCUCCUGCGCCCGUGGAUGAGUCUCCUGAGUAUGAUCGUGAGCUACAAAGUCAACUACAGCGCGACAUUGGCAUGCUCAACAUAGGCUAUGAGCCGCGGAAUGAGAGUAGAGCCAGCCCGCAGCUCGAGCCACCACACUGGUCAUUACCACCUGCUCCGCCAACGCAUCUUGUUCGACCGACGACCACGAAGCAGAUGAGCCUACCAGAGAUACCCCCGUACAGACCUAACCAAUCUGCCACAAAGUCAAGAGUUCCUUCAUUGCAACACUCUCCUGCACCGCAAAUUCAUGUGCCACUUCCAGGGGGAGCACAGGGUCCUCGACCUCUUCCACCGAAAGCUCAUUCGCAAUCGCCGAGUCCGUCUGACUUUUCCGCUCCCUCAGCUUUCCCUGCACCCGCGCCAGCUAAUCCAAAUGGCGAGCUCGACGCGCUGAACGAUGUCAUGUUUCCAGCACUCGAAGAGGCGCUUAAGCGGCGGCAGAUCAGCCUUCAACACGUAUACAAACCAGGACAGAAUCCAGCUCAAAUUACACCCCAACAGCAACGGGCAGAGGCUGCACAUGAGAAACUACGAAAGCUUGUGUAUAAGUUGGCACACGUCUGCAAGGAAAUUGAUCAUUACGAUAAGGCCGAGCCUGUUGGAAUGGGCAGAGAGGUUGGUAGUUUUCUCGAAGGACUUCUCGAAGAAAUCUUGGUGAGAGUUGAGCCUUUGGACGAGGAUGAGGGAACCCAAGUUUAA